GACUUGAAGUCUGAGUGCAAGUACAAGCUGGUUGGCCGGUUUUCUCUUUCUGACCCGUGGUGGGAGGUGACAGCUCCAGUGCAAGGAGGAGGAGGGCGGUCCAAGCUCUUCCUACAGGGGUUCCCUUCUUACAGCCUGCGGACCGACCUGGGGGACAACCCCAAAUCCGACAUCGCGCUGUUCCUCAAGGAGUGUGGUGUGGUCGCGGAGCACGUCACCCAGUUUAUGGAAUGGGUCCCUGCGUCGAGCAGGCUGGAUUUUUCAAACUUGCAGGACCUGUUGAAAGAUUUUGCUGAUGAAGAGUACAAUCACUCUGAUACUGUUGCGUCAGAUAUAAUCUCAAGGAUCAGUCUCUCAGAUGCAGGGAAAGCUGUACUGGUAGCCUCACUGGUUGCCUCAGCUGUACUGGUAGGCUCCUGCCACGUCAGUUUGAGAAUUUGUUAAAGAAGUACGAGGGGGUGCAGAGCGACGGCAGGGGUGAGGACGGCACAGGGACAUCUGUCCUGGACAAGCUGGAAGAGGUGCUCAGGACAGAUGUUUGAAAGCUGGGGUUCAGUGUAAUGACCUUUAGGGAUCUUGGCCUAGUGCGCUGCGAGGCUACCUUGGAGGCGUUCCGCCAGUGUGACUUACUCCCGAAGAUCCCUGAGCUGCAGCACCACGCCCUGCUGCUGUACGAUGAGCUGAAGCGCUCCAGCAGGGAGUGGGGCCACACCUAUAUCAGCGUGGAGAACCUCACCAGAGCCCUGAGGCACAUUCCCAUUGAGAAGGCCUGGGAAUCCCUCAAGUUUCUGAAGGACGAAAAAGUGGUGGUGCAGGAAAGCAAGAGGGUCUUCCUCAGACACCUCUAUCGGUACGAGAAGGGGAUCGCUGAGUGCGUUGAGAAGUUGGCGAGGAUGCCCCCCUGGUGCAUUGACCUGGAUGUGAAACAGGUCCUCCAGGACGCCCAGAUUAAUAGGAUAGCCGUAAAGGCACACAGGAAUGGAAACGAGAGCGAAUGCGAUGAUUUAACUGAGGAUGGUGCUGAGAAUACAGAUUCCUUCCAUUUGGAGCACAGCACUGUCAACGGUCUAGGGACCGACCCUGAAGACCAGUGUGAGGACAGCGACUGCAGUGUUGAACUGGAUCCCGAUCAGAUGAAAGCUGCCGAAAUGAUGUGCGCCAAGACCACCGUGGUCAGUCUGAUCUUCCAAGCGGCAGUGAAGAGUCUCUGCAGAGAGGAGGAGGAGGAGGUGCAGAGAGCCUGCAAGGACUUUGAGAACGACCUGAGUGCCUCGGAAGACUGGGACACGUUCACACAGAACCCCAGCCAGCCUCGGGAGCAGAGCGCCCAGGACUCCGGCUCAAAGAAGCCUCUGGAGGUUCUCCUUACAGCCCCGACUGGGAGAGCUGCGUCCCUGCUCCAGAAACGCACGGGAUUCGAGGGGUACACGUUGCACCAGGUGCUAUGGAGUUACAUGAAAGCGGAGAAGGAUGAAGAAGGCAACCCUUUGAACUGGAAGUUCAGUGCAGUGCAGAUAUUUGUGGUGGAUGAGGGCAGCUUGGUCUCUGUGCAGAUCCUUUACUCUGUGCUGAGCAUGCUGAUGGAGCACGCUCAGCUGAGAAAGCUAGUUAUUCUGGAGCUUCAGGAUGCAUUCAAAUUACUUCUGGAGUCAGCCCCAGAUCUAGAGGAUGAUAACUGUUCACAGUUCAUUGCAUUCAGAAGGUAAAAAUCAUUCUGCUCAGAGUCAGAAUUAGGAAAGCACACUGAGUGUUGUGA